CUCCCGGAGUGAUGUCACCUGACCGAGGGUAAGGCUGGGGAGGCUGAGGAGUGUGUGCAGAGCUGGAGCAGCUGAGGAGGAGAGAGGAGCCUCUGUAUACCGCUACACCUCACCUGUAUACAGGGCAUGAGCACAAGAUAGACCUUUCGGAGUGAUAACACCUACUCGUGUUGCUAUGUGACUCCUUUUGAAGAUCUCAAGUACCAUCUUAGGAAGAAAAUAAAGGUUCUCAAGGCACCAUACGCUCGAAAGAAAAAAAAUAUGGGGAACCAUUUUACCGAAAUAGCACCCAACACCUCCUUUCUACCUACGUUCCAGACCCUACAUGUUGUGGUGAUAGGGUUGGACUCUGCCGGGAAGACCUCUUUGUUGUACAGACUAAAAUUUAAGGAGUUUGUGAAAUGCGUUCCCACCAAGGGGUUCAAUAUGGAAAAGAUCAAGGCCCCAGUUGGGAAUUCCAAAGCCAUCACGUUCCAAGUCUGGGAUGUAGGUGGCCAGGAGAAACUGAGACCUUUGUGGAAAUCCUACACCAGGCGGACUGAUGGUAUGGUGUUUGUUGUGGACUCUUCGGAGCAGGAACGCAUGGAGGAGGCCAAAGUGGAGCUCCAUAAAAUUACCAGGACUUCUGAAAACCAAGGCGUGCCCGUAUUAAUCGUGGCCAACAAACAGGACGUAGCCGACGCGCUCUCUGUAGCAGAGGUGGAAAAGCUUCUGGCGUUGCAUGAACUUGGCACGUCUACAUUGAGUCACAUUCAGGGCUGCAGUGCCGUGGACGGCAGAGGUUUGCACCAGGGACUCGAGAAACUUUACGACAUGAUCUUAAAAAGGAAGAAGAUGCUGAGACACAGCAAAAAGAAGCGGUGAACGUCAUAGACGUCUUUCCUGCAUUUACCUUCUACGUGUUACAUCCUUAAAGGAGAACUUCACUGUUUUAAUGGAAGUUUCCACCUUGCUACUGUACCGGCAAACUGGACCAUUGCCGGUCAAACCACCUUCACCAUCUGGGGGAAGCCUGUCUGCUUGAAGGAGCCUGCACAAACCUCACCACAAAAUCCAUUCACCCUGGAGUGAACCUAUAUAGCGGUACAUUUAUUGGAGGAUACAGACACAUUAAGGGAAAACGUUUGUCUUGCAGAAAUGGAACACUUUUUUUUAGUUUUUUUUGUCUUUGGGUUUUAUGAACAUGCAAAUGACCAAUGGCCUUGGAUGACCGGUGCACCUGGAGAUGACAAUGAGGGACAUUUACUUAUUUAAUAAAGACAUGGGGGCAGCAUAAACUGUUUAUAUACUUGAUCACUAUCGCUUAGCAUUUUUUUUUAAGAGUAUUUGGGUAUUUUUUUUUUUAAAUCCCAAAUCUCCUUACCACGAAAUGAACAUUUUUUUUGUACAAGCCUUGUAUAUGUUUGUAGAAUGGUCACUUUAAGUUAUUUAUAGUAAAUA